UGAACUAAGAUAAAGGCUUCAUCUCUGUCGCUUUAUCUUCUUCUUUUUCUCACUGUAAAUGUGAGGAAAAUGGCGGAGGCCAGUAUUUCAGUAGAUCAGGAUCAGUUCAUCUGUCCAGUGUGUCUGGAUCUCCUGAAGGACCCGGUGACUGUCCCUUGUGGACACAGUUUCUGUAAGGUGUGUAUUAAUGGCUGCUGGGAUCAGGAAUCUCAGAAAGGCAUCUUUAGCUGUCCUCAGUGCAGAGACACUUUCACUCCAAGGCCUGUUCUACGCAGAAACAACAUGCUGGCUGAAGUGGUGGAGAAACUAAAAAAGACUGAACUCCAAGCUGCUUCUCCUGAUCACUGUUACGCCGGACCUGGAGAUGUAGAGUGUGAUUUCUGCACCGGGAGAAAACACAAAGCCGUCAAGUCCUGUCUGGUGUGUGUGUCUUCUUACUGUGAAACUCACCUGAAAUCUCAUCUAGAACGUCCUGCUUUGAAAAAACACACCUUAACUGAAGUGUCAGCAAAAUUACAUGAGAAGAUAUGCUCUGAACAUAACAAGCUGAUUGAGAUCUACUGUCGUACUGAUCAAACCUGCAUCUGUUAUUUGUGUACGAUGGAUAAACAUAAAGGACACGACACCAUCACAGUCUCAGGAGGAAGAGCUGAGAAACAGAGAGAGUUAAAGGAGCAGCAGAUGAAAUCCCAGCAGAGAAUCCAGGAGAAGCAGAAGAAGUUGCAGGAGCUGAAACAGGCUGUGAACACUAUAAAGCUCAGUGCACAGACAGCAGUAGAAGACAGUGAGAUCAUCUUUACUGAGUUGAUCAGCUACAUGGAGAAAAAGCGCUCAGAGGUGACAGAGAUGAUCAGAGAUCAGGAGAAGGCUGAACUGAGUCGAAAUGAACGACUCCUUGAGCAACUGGAGCAGGAGAUCGCUGAUCUUCAGAGGAGAGUCACUGAGCUAGAAAAGCUUUCACACACAGAGACACAUGAUGACAUCCAUUUUCUCCAGCUUUUAGCUUCUGGUCGUCGCUCUCCUCCGUUUAAAAGACCUACUUUUGAUGCAUCCAGCAUCACUGUCCAUCAACAUUUUUCAUUUGAUAGAUUGAGGAAUUCUCUCUCAGAUCUGAAGAAGAGACUCGAGGAAUUCUGUGAGAGGAAAUUCAGCAAAAUCCCCCCAAAAGCUGCAGCAGUACACAACAUUUUACCACCAGAACCACAGAGCAGAGAGGAUUUUCUGAAAUAUUUCUGUUAUCUGACUCUGGAUUCCAACACGGUGCAUUAUAAACUCAUUCUGUAUGAGAGGAACAGAGCGGUGAGAUUAAAUGAGAGAGUGCAGCAGUACUCUGAUCAUCCAGAGAGAUUUGACUCUAGCUGGCCUCAGGUGUUGUGUAAGGAGAGUGUGAGUGGACGCUGUUACUGGGAGGUGGAGUGGAGCGGUGUUGGAACUGUGGAUAUAUCAGUCUCAUAUAAAGGCAUCAGGAGGAAAGGACAAGAUAAAGAGUGUGCAUUUGGGUACAACAACCAGUCCUGGACUUUGUUUUGUUCUUCUCAUUGUUUCUAUCACAACAACAUUAAGAAUGAUUUAGGAAUUCCAGCACCAUCCAGAAUAGGAGUGUAUUUGGAUCACAGUGCAGGAACUCUGUCCUUCUACAGCGUCUCUGACACCAUGAAGCUCCUCCACAGAGUCCAAACAACAUUCACUCAGCCUCUAUACCCUGGGUUUGGACUUUACUGGUCCCCGUCUGCGUCUACUACUGUGAGAUUGUGUGAUCCAGAAUAAAAUUGGGAUGGUCUUCCGGGUUUGCUGCAGGACUUUUCAUAUUGUACUCCACUUACUAUUUAAGGAUGCCAAGAACACAUACUCCCUGCCAGGUUAUCUACUCCCACCAUCCUGGCUGCUCUGCUUCCCGUUACCCACCCUUUUGGAUUACCCUGGAUUUCUUCUCUGCCUACAUUUACCCUCUCUGCCAGUUUGGAACUUAUGUACUGUGUCUUCAUACUGCCUCCUGUUUUUUUUGUCUGGUGUUCUCAUUAAAGACUAUUUUACUGCAUUUGGGUCCUCCCACUAAGCACCUGAAAAACAUGUGUAUUGUUUUAUGUAAAAUUCUUCCACAUUCCUAAGUUGUGGGUUAAAAAUCUGUCUUACUAGCAGACAAUCAAGAUGCACAGUCAUUUUCACAGCCAUUUAUCACAGGUGUUUUAUGGUGUUUUAUCGUCUGUGUUUGUGUAAAUCCAUCUUCCGAUUCAAAUGUUUUAUUUCUUUUAUGCCACAGCAAAAUCAGUUUAUUCAUGGAUAACACCUUUAUACUUUUUCAUCAAUUUUUAUAUCCAUUUAGCUACAUUUAGUUACAUUAACAGUCGUUAACUCAUUAACAUCAAAUGGGCUCCGAAACACCUCCAGAAUGCAUUGUGUGUGAACACAUUUCACCAUGCCAUCAUAAAUGCAAGUUAAAGCUCUAUCAUAGAAAGAAGAAGUCAUAUGUGAACAUGAUCUUCUAUGGG